GCCGGCCGAGCUCACGGCUUCCCACAAGCCUUGCCUGCUUGUCACAACUUAUUUUCUCUCUGCUCUGAGCACCUCCUCCUGCGGAUUCGUUUCUUAAGCCCCUGCGUGGGAGGGUCACGUGACCUUCGAGAGCGGACUCCGUUAUUGCCAUUGGCAGGCGCCUAAAAGGCGCCCCCUCCUUGAUGACGUGUAAUUUGCGCGCCGAUUUAGGAAGGGCCUGCCUCGGCUUCCUUCAGGUUCCCACGCCGGCUUCUCUCGCAAGGCGCGUGUGCUGCUGCGUGGAGCUGGUCGCUGGCAGCCAUGGAGGUGCUCGCUGGCAGCUAUGAGCAGGUCCUGUUUGGGUUCGUAGUACAUCGCGAGCCCGCGAGGAGUGGCCACCAGGAGACAUGGACUCUUGUGACUAACUUCACUCACCGUGGCCACACUGCCUCCCUGUCAGCGAUGGCCUCAAACAGUCGUUAUGUAGUCACUGGCAGCAAAGAUGAAACAAUUCACAUUUAUGACAUGAAAAGGAAGGUAGAGCAUGGGGCUCUGCUGCAUCACACUGGCACAGUAACUUGCCUGAAAUUCUAUGGCAGCCGGCACUUAAUCAGUGGAGCAGAGGAUGGGCUCAUGUGUGUCUGGGAUGCGAAGACAUGGGAAUGCCUAAAGAUCUUUAAAGCUCACAGGGGACAUGUGACUUACCUGUGUAUCCACCCAUCUGGCAAGUUGGCUAUGUCUGUUGGUACCGAUAAGACAUUAAGAACGUGGAAUCUUGUAGAGGGAAGAUCAGCUUUCAUAAAAAAUAUAAAGCAAAAUGCUCACAUAGUGGAGUGGUCCCCGAGUGGAGAGAAGUACAUAGUCGUCGUGCAGAAUAAAGUGGAUGUCUAUCGUCUGCACACGGCGUCUGUGAGCGGCACCAUCACAAACGGGAAGAGGGUCUCUGCUGUGACGUUUCUCUCGGACUCUGUGCUUGCGGUGGCUGGGGAUGAAGAAGUUGUAAGGUUUUUUGACUGUGAUUCCCUGAUGUGCCUCUGUGAAUUUAGAGCUCAUGAAAACAGGGUAAAAGACAUGGUCAGUUUUGAAGUCCCAGACCAUCAUGUUCUUGUCACAGCAUCAAAUGAUGGCUUCAUCAAAAUGUGGACUCUUACGCAGGAUAAGAAAGAUCCUCCGUCUUUGCUGUGUGAAGUCAACACUGGCGCCAGGCUGACAUGUCUUGCCGCGUGGUUAGACAGGGCAACAGAGGAAAAGGCGAGGCUCCCUCCAGCAGCAGAGCCCUGUCCUGAGCAACCCAAGACAGUCAAAAAGGAUUCUGGUGACACAAUUGAGGAAGAAACAUCGGAACCUAACUCAGAGAAAUCUGACGUAACUGGUGACAGCAAGCAGCCAACAAAAGGAAAGAGCCCAGCAACAGCCAAGAAGAGGAAAAUGGCAAAUGUGUCGGAAAAGAAGGGAAAAAAGAAAAUGUAACUCCAUGGCAAAUCCCUAACAGAAAGUCUUUUUGACAGAAUUCUCCGUUUUAAAUAUUAUACCUAACUUCUCCAUGUGAGAAAAAAAUUUCUCCUUCUGGAGAAAAUAUGCACCUUCAAGAAAGAACCACUUUUAGGUGGUGCUUUGUUUUGUUAAAUGAUAAAGUUAUUUUGGCAGAUGGCAUUUUAUUAUAUAUUGUAGUAUAUAGUGAUUGUUUACUUUUUUACGGUUCAAAGCAAGUAAAGUUCUGAAAAUAUUGUGUUUAAAAUAA